ACAACCACCACUUUUUAGCAGACCAUCAAGCUCAAGUCAGCCACUAGUAUUCAGUCAUCAAGGAAGUUCUAUGUGUUUUGAUUCUUCAGCUGUUAGAAGAGAGCAACAACCUGCUAAAAGCAGAGGCACAUGCAGAGGCAUAGACAGAGGCACUGGCAGAGGCACAGGCAGAGGCACAGGCAGAGGCACUGGUAGAGGCACAUGCAGAGGCACUGGUAGAGGCACUGGCAGAGGCAUUGACAGAGGUAUUGGUAAAGGCACUGAAGGUGUAUCAAGUCAACAACCUGAUCAACCAAGGGCUAUGGGAGAUUCAAUAUCAACAGGAAGACAAAAAAGGACCAAGACUGUAGGAUUUGGCAUCUAUACAAAUGCAAGUGGUAGUCAAACCUUUAAUCCUGGUACUUCAGGAGAAAGAGUUAUCACUCCGGGAGUUUACAAGGAUGCAACUCCAACAAAUAUUGAUAUUGGUUAUAAGCCUCGAGGACUCAAGUGGAAUGGUGGAGAUGCUGCCACAGCUUCACAAUUGCAAUGUAUCAGUCAGUCAAGAAAAAACAAACGUGGAACAUCUAGUUCACCAAGGACUGCCUAA